CCUCACCCCCCCCUACUCCUCUGCUUAUAAAGAGCAGCCAUUGCCACCUCUUUGCACAUAUCAUCCCUUGACUGCUGUCUUCUUUUGACUUUAUAUCCUCCUCACUAUCUUUUGCUUUGUUCUGUUUCCUCACUUUCCACAAAAAAAAAAUCAUUUCUAAAUAUUGCCUAAAUUUGAACUGCUGUUUUACAUUAGUUAGCGUAAGAAAAUGGCAUCAAGCUCAAUGUCCUCCCGUGGUUCCGGUUCAUGGACAGCCAAGCAAAACAAAGACUUUGAAAGGGCUUUGGCUGUGUAUGAUAAGGACACCCCUGACCGUUGGUACAAUGUUGCCAGGGCGGUUGGAGGGAAAACUGCUGAGGAAGUGAAGAGGCACUAUGAGCAGCUCGUGGAGGAUGUCAAGCAUAUUGAGUCAGGCCAAGUGCCCUUCCCCAACUACAGGACCACUGGCGGAAGUAGCCGAGGAUGAAAAAUCUGAAGCUCAAUUAAUGAAGAAUGGACCUGCAUCUCACCUAUAAUAAAGAUUAUUCACUGAGCUACUACAAGUAUCAGAUGUCACCCUAGUUAUACAUAUAUAUAUAUAUAGUACUAAUAGAAGAAUCGCGAUUAGAGAUUCCAUCUCCUUU